UAGGCUUGUCUAUUAGUUGCUCACCUUGUUCACACUCUAUUUAAGUCCUCUGUUAGCCUAAACCAAAACAUUAUAAGUAUCUGUGGACAUUGUGAUUACAAGAGUACGAUGAAGAACUUUUGGAAAACAGCAAUUCUCCUGGCUACGACUGUCGCAGCUGCACACUGCCUGAUCUGCCGCCGGUGCCCCGUCGGUAUAUUGAACCUAUGUCUGUUUGGCAGUGAUAUCACGUGUGAUAAUGCAACGCAGAGCUGCUAUCGUGGAAAUGCACAGUUCCAAUCCAGUGAAGGGUUCAGCCUCCAUAUCCGCGGCUGCCUGGACUCAGACCUGUGCGGGGACGUGUUGACCGGCAACAUCUUCGGAAAUGCUUACACCGCUUCUUUCGAGUGUUGUAACACCGAUCGGUGUAACGGCGCCACGUCCGUUCAACUCUCCCUCACAAUGGCCGCCUCCGCCGCCGUUUUCUUACUGUGGGCCGUGUAGGGCCUUGGAGAAACUUCAUGUGUUUUUAAAGGACAAAGCAGGUCUUUCCUGUUUGCACCUUUGGCCAGCUAUUGUCGUCUUUGCUCUGACUUUAAUGAGUAAACUUAAGUAUCCAUCAGCUUCUACUUUAAUUGCUCGGGAAAAAGUGAUUGGGAAGGUGAUAUUGCAAUCAAGUAAUCCUGCAGCAGUUUCAUAUAGCGCAACAAAGGUUAAGGAAUACAUUAAGGAAACGUUUACUUGUUUACUCAAUAACAUUAGUGUUUACUCAAUAACAACUAAUAACAUUAGUGUUUACUCAAUAACAUUAGUGUUGACUGAAGUCAAAUAUAUAUACUGUAUAUAAAUAUGUACAUUGUAACUACUUGUUGUUUACUUCUCUGUGCAGUGUGGACAAAAUGAUACAGGUGUAUACUGAAAUUCCAGUCCCAUAAUAAGCAUAAUAAAUUAGGGUCUAAUGAAAAAACCGACUUGUAUAUGAGUCUUCUUUCUUCUCAUGACUUUUUUUAAAAUUUCAUUUAUUAUACUGAUUAUAAUCCCUCAAAGGGAAAUUAAACUAACAUUCUGCUGUACAUGCAAUAAUGUCUAUAAUCUCAACUACCAAUCGAAACGGGAUCUAAUUAUAAAAGCAACACCAACGGCGGAGAUUAAAACUUAAAACAGGUCAAAAUAUACCACUUAAGCAGUUUUUUAUGUCAGGCUGCUAAAUUGAUGGCAAAUACGCCACGUUGUUUCGCUAAUAAAAUUGUAAAGCAGCCUAUGAUGUCAGUUCCUCACUGAACAUCGCUGCGACCAUUCCAGGGCGUACUCGGCUUCCCGAGCAAAGUCAGCUAUGAUUUGUUCAAUGGAUGGACGGAUGCAGCAUCAGUUGAUUCGGUUACACGUUUUGAUUUGGCACUUCAUUCAUCGUAUGAAGCUGGCCUCGCUAAACAGUGCCACACGCGCACUGCAGGGGGUCUUUGGUUUAGGUGUUCCAUUCGUACAGAACCGACAUCAGGGGUUCUAGAGCAUAGGUGUCAAACUCAAGGCCCGGGGGCCAGAUGCGGCCCGCCACAUCAUUUUAUGUGGCCCGCGAAGCAAAUCAUUCUCGUCAACGUCCGUCAUUUUUGCUCAAAUCUGAACCCAAAUUCCAAAUUGUCAUAGUAAUCAACAAUAACGUUGAGAUAUUGCAUUUUUCUGUUACCAAACACUUCUUCUGCAGUAACUUAAACAAUACUUGAACAAACUAUUAUCCUUGUCUUCUGAUUUCCAAAGUAGUUAUCCCUCAAUUUGUUGUGUAAUGGUAAUAAUGUUAAUGUUGAGCGUUCUCGUGGCUACUUUUGUAGUAGCUGGUACGUUGAUAAUAAACAAGACAAAAUGUGGCUAAAGCUAAUGCUCAUUAAGCCUUGUUUUAUAGCAUGAUAUCAGAAGAAUUUUAUUUUAUUUUUUUAGUUACACCACUACUACUAUUACUACUAGUACUAUUCCUGAUGCAGAUAUUGAAAUAGAAAGAUUACUUCUAACGUUCAAUGGCUGUUAAAAUGGUAAAAGCUCACGUAACUUUCAGACUCUGAUUGUUGUUAAACACAGACUAAGAAAUAUAAUAUAUAUAUAUAUAUAUAUAUAUAUAUAUAUAUAUAUAUAUAUAUUUGGACAUAUUUUUGGAAUAUUUAAAAUCCUUUCAAAACAUUCAAAAUAAACAUUUUAAAGUGACGGUUUGAAAAUCCAACACCAGGAAGUUAUUUGCUUCUUUCACGACUUCAAAAUAAUUAUAGGCUAUGGUGCAAUUAAUAUACACUAAUUACAUAUCUCUGUUUCCCCCCAAAACUGGCACACUCAUGAGAGUAUGAGUGGUUAGCAGUUGAUCUUUUUCUUUUUUUUUCUUUUUUUAUAAUUAAAGUCCAAGAUAGUGCUGUUACUGAUAUAAUCAUUUGUAUUAUUGUAUUAGUGUAUACAGAAUCAUGAUGUGUAUAUAUUAAUAGUUCUGACUUAUUAUUGUUAUUAUAUUAUCACAUCAUUAUAGUACUAUAUUUAUGUUCUUUAGGGUUUAUAAGGAAGUAGAGACAGAGGUAGGAUAAAAACAAGUUUUACUUCUUCCUACUCCUAAUAUGUGUAAUUCAACUUUUUUUUGUUGCAACCAAAUUGUUUUCGAUUUUGUUUGUUUUUCUGUUACUUUGUAUGUUUUUUACACGUUUGAAAUAAAGACCUCCAUUCAAUUCA